UAAAACCACUCUGUGUGGGGACCAUGAGAGCCAGACCAAAGCUCAGAGGAACCAACCUGGAGCUGAACCCAGCUGUGUGUCCUUAAAGAGCAACUGGUCAAAGGAAGCUGGUAUCAAGUUUGAAAAAGCGCCCGCUUCGAAGGGGCUGGACCAGGAGAGCUCAGAUGUUCCUAGUCAUCAGUCUGCCCAAGACCAUGAAAGACAUCUUGACUCCAUAUUUAUGCUGCUAGAGGACAACAUCAUUACUUUUGUGAGGAACGAGCUGAAGAAGUUCCACAAGGUUCUGAGUCCCAAUUAUGCAGAAUACUUAAAUGGUCAACGGGAGGAUGAGGAAGUGCUGGAAGAUAAGGAUGGGGAGCAGAUGAGGAGCAGCAGAGAGGCAUUUGUAAAGAUAACACUGUACUUCCUGAAGAGAAUGAAACAGGAGGAGCUGGUUGAUCGUCUCAAGAGCAGAACUCCCACUGGAUUUUGUCAACAUCUAAAGUCUACUCUGAAGAAUAAGUUCAGACAUGUGUUUGAGGGGAUCGCUAAAGCAGGAAACCCAACCCUGCUGAAUGAGAUCUACACAGAGCUCUACGUCACAGAGGGAGGGACUGAAAAGGUCAAUGAUGAACAUGAGGUCCGACAUAUUGAAAUUGCAUCUACAAAACAGCACCAACCAGAAAGAACAAUCAGACAAGAAGAUAUCUUUAAAGACUCACCUGGAAGAGAUGAACCAAUCAGAACAGUCCUGACAAAGGGAGUGGCUGGCAUUGGGAAAACAAUCUUAACACAGAAGUUUAUUCUAGACUGGGCUGAAGACAAAGCCAACCAGGACAUCCAGUUCAUAUUUCCAUUUACAUUCAGAGAGCUGAAUGUGCUGAAAGAGAAAGUGUUCAGCUUGGUGGAACUCAUUCAUCACUUUUUUACUAAAACCAAAGAAGGAAUCUGCAACUUUGAGGACUUCCAGGUUAUGUUCGUCUUUGAUGGUCUAGAUGAGUGUCGAUUUCCACUUAACUUCAAUAUCACAAAGACCCUGACUGAUGUUACAGAGCCGACUUCAGUGGACGUACUGCUGAUAAACCUCAUCAAGGGGAACCUGCUUCCCUCUGCUCAUCUCUGGAUAACCACACGGCCCGCAGCAGCCAAUCAGAUCCCUCCUGAGUGUAUUACCAUGGUAACUGAGAUCAGAGGGUUCACUGACCAACAGAAAGAAAAGUACUUCAGAAAAAGAUUCAGAGAAGAGGAGCAGGCCAACAGGAUCAUCUCCCACAUCAAGACAUCACGAAGCCUCCACAUCAUGUGCCACAUUCCAGUCUUCUGCUGGAUCACUGCUACAGUCCUGGAGGAUGUGCUGAAAACUAGAAAAAGGACCAAACUUCUUAAGACUCUGACAGAGAUGUAUGUGCACUUGCUGGUAAUUCAGGCCAAAGUGAAAAAGGUCAAGUAUGAUGGAGGAGCUGAGACAGAUCAACACUGGAGUCCAGAGAGCAGUAAGAUGAUUGAGUCUCUGGGAAAACUGGCUUUUGAGCAGCUGCAGAAAGGAAACCUGAUCUUCUAUGAAUCAGACCUGACAGAGUGUGGCAUCGAUAUCAGAGCAGCCUCAGUGUACUCAGGAGUGUUCACACAGAUCUUUAGAGAGGAGAGAGGACUGUACCAGGACAAGGUGUUCUGCUUCAUCCAUCUGAGUGUUCAGGAGUUUCUGGCUGCGCUUCAUGUUCACCUGACUUUCAUUAACUCUGCAGUCAAUCUGCUGGAAGAACAGCAAACAACCUCUAUAUGGUAUACAUUAUUUAAAAAAUCUAAAUUACAAUCGUUGCACCAGAGUGCUGUGAACAAGGCGUUACAGAGUUCAAAUGGACACCUGGACUUGUUCCUCCGCUUCCUGCUGGGUCUUUCACUGGAGGCCAAUCAAACUCUCCUACGAGGUCUGCUAACAAAGAUGGAAAAUAGCUCAGGGACCAACCAGGGAACAGUCCAGUACAUCAAGAAGAAGCUCAGUGAAAACCUGUCUGCAGAGAAAAGCAUCAAUUUAUUCCAUUGCCUGAAUGAACUGAAUGAUCGUUCUUUAUUGGAGGAGAUCCAGCAGUCCUUGAGUUCAGGACGUCUCUCCACAGAUAAACUGUCUCCUGUUCAGUGGUCAGCUCUGGCCUUCAUCUUACUGUCAUCCGAAGAAGAUCUGGAUGUGUUUGAUCUGAAGAAAUACUCUGCUUCAGAGCAGGCUCUUCUGAGGCUUCUGCCAAUCAUUAAAGCAUCAAGAAAAGUAUUAGUGAAUGUCUGUAACCUUUCAGAGAGAAGCUGUGAAGUUCUGUCCUCAAUUCUCAGCUCUCAGUCUUCAAAUCUCAGAAUACUUGACUUGAGUAACAAUGACCUUCAGAAUUCAGGAGUGAAUCUGCUCUCUUCUGGACUAGAGAGCCAGCACUGUAAAGUGGAAACUCUCCGCCUGUCAGGCUGUCUGAUCACAGAUGAAGGCUGCAAUUCUCUGGCCUCAGCUCUAACCUCCAACCCCUCACAUCUGACAGAGCUGGACCUGAGUUACAAUCAUCCAGGAGACUCAGGAAUGAAAGCCCUGUAUUCUGGACUGGAAGAUCCACAUUGGAGUCUGGACACUCUUAGGGUGGAGCCUGCUGGAGAACAAUGGUUGACACCAGGUCUGAGGAAGUAUUCCUGUCAACUCACAAUCGACACAAACACAGUGAACACAAACCUCAAACUGUCUGACAACAACAGGAAGGUGACAUAUGUGGACAAGGAUCAACGAUAUCCAAAGCAUUCAGAUAGAUUUGAUAAAUGGUGCCCCCAGGUGCUGUGUAGAGAAGGUCUGACUGGUCGCUGUUACUGGGAGGUUGAGAAAAGUGGACAGGUUCACAUCUCAGUGAGCUACAGAAGAAUCCCAAGAAAGGGACACAGAGAUAUUAGAAAUGAAAUUGAAUUCGGAUUUAAUGAUCAGUCCUGGUGUCUCAGCAUAUCUGAUAAAGGUUGCUCUGCUUGGCACAACAAUAGAGAAACGUUCAUCUGCUCUUCCUAUUCUUGGUCUGGCAGAGUAGCAGUGUAUGUGGACUGUCCUGCUGGCACUCUGUCCUUCUACAGAGUCUCCUCUGACACUCUGAUCCACCUCCACACCUUCAACACCACAUUCACUGAACCUCUUUAUCCUGGAUUUGGAUUUGUGUUCAGGAUGUCAUCAGGGUUUUCGAUCACUCUUGGUUCUUCAGCAUCUCUGUGUUCAGUUUAGUAUAGAUAGUCCCCAAAGCUCAGUUCAGCACUCACUACCUUAGACUUUCACAAGUGGAAGUAUUUAGUUCUCAGUUUAUUUAGGUGGCUGUGGAUAUGGAGGUACAAGGCCUCAUGGUUGCUAAACUAUGUGUCAUAGAUAAAGUACUGUAUGAAUAUGUGUCAGUGAAUGAAUUAUAAUGUAAUAACUGAGAGGUUAGUAAAGUAGGAUACACCCUACAGAUGUCUAUUGUGACAUCUGUUCAACUGUCAAUCACCACACCAGCUGCAUGGACUUUAGCUUAGUCUUACUGUCACAUUGUCACCCAAAACCAGCCCGCUGCAGACCAGAUAGUUCUUUUAGUUUUAAACACCUCAACUUUUUUGUCUGCUAGUCCUCCAGUUUUGACUCAUAGUUUCUUAGAAAGUUUCCCUAAUUGAUAAAAUUACUCACCCACAGUCUUUAAACCCAGAAGAUUUAACACUUUGAUCCUAACACCAUGAGGUAGUCUGUUUUCUGCUGGCUGUCACCGUUGUAAUGGUAACUGUCCACAAGCUGUUUUUGUACACUUGAUGAACUAAACUUUAAACAAUGACACUAUCUUGCAGAAACACUGAGUUUAUUUAAGAUAAUUUCAUUCAACAACAAGUGUGUUUUUAAGUGUUUGCAAAAGCACUGAAAACAUACCAGAACAAAACUCCAUGCAAUUAUGAACAACUCAGGUAACUACCCCAUCACUCAAAACCGAUGUAAUGCUGCUGAAGUUGCGUGGCUAAAUAGGCAACGACUGUGAAGUGCAAAAAGAAACGCUCCUGUGGACACAUACCAUGAGUCACACUGAUAAUUGUUGUGGAUUUGUCCAGUAAUUGAAUCAUUGAAUUGUUUUUUUAACUGUAUUUUGCAAUACUUCUUUCACAGAAAGACCCAUCACCUCUCAACACAGUACACUGCGUUUGUAAACUAUCUGUGCUGUGUGAGGGUUCCUGGGUCGUUGACCCAACGUUUUCAGUUUGUACUCUCUCACCGUUUAACUUCAAAUGUAUGUUUCCUGUUUUAUUGUGUUAGCCUUUGUUCUGUGUGCAUUACGUUCAGUUGUAUUUCUGGUGUCUCAUUAGUUAUAUAUAUUCAGCUGUGCACUCAUCUGUCUCUUAUCAUCAUCAUUAUCCUGCCUAUUUAAGCCCUCAGUUUCCUCAGUUCCUUGUCUUGUCAUCAUCAAUCCUGUGUGUGCCAGUCAGUCAGUCAGUUGUCUCAUGUUCUGUUCAUCCUGCUAUCACAAUAAACACCGUCCGCGUCCUUCACCAGCCUACGAGUCCUGCGUUUAGGUCCCCUCUUCUCCACGUCCACACACCAAUCGUGACAUGCUGUGCAUGUAUUGCUGCAAAAUCACGCAUGACAUCAGAAAAAGACCUUCUGAUUAAAAGUUUUAAGAUUUGUGUUUGUGUCUUUCCUCUCCUUCCACUGCACUUGGCCUCCUCUUUAGUUUGGACCCAGGAACUGCCAAUCCAGUCUGGGCCCUUUCUUUCAUGGUCUCGUUCUUGGGGGAAAUUAGUUUUAGGUGGUUUUGAAGUUGAGAUACCUAGUUAUUUAUUUUUUCUCAGCUUGAGCUUUUCCUCUGUUUGGCCAACUAAUGUGCACAGUGAAAGUGCAGAAGGCAGGAAUUAAGAAGACAGGACUAUCAAACUAUUUAAAAACUUUUUCUUUCCAUCUCCACUGCUCAGCCAUCCCUCACAACCUUUUUUAGUGCAAUGUGUUAAAUGCUGGUCGCUUAUAUUUCAUUAUAUAGUGUGUAAAUUCUGAAAGAAUUGACUUGGGAACUGAACUGUUUUCAAGAAGUUAUGCUCAAACUGAAAACAUCGUGUAUGUUGUACAUAUUGAAAGUGUCUGUAAAGAUUUUAUUUUGUGUACUUGUAGUUUGUUACCAACUAUAGCUCAGUACAGCUUCCAGUUACCAAGAGCUUUAAAUAGUCUCAAUA